UGCAAUUUUUGUAAUAGCAAAAUAUUUGUAAGAAACUGCAAACAAAUGCAAAUGUGCAGUCGAUGUGUGGAAUGCGACAACAUUAUACUCGAUAAUUUCAAUUAUUGCGAGUGUUGUGGCUUAGAAACAAUUAGGCAGUUAAGAAUAAACAAGGCUCGGGCACUAUCAAACCUUUUUCCUAAAAAGCAAAAAGCUGCUUCUGCUGCAUCACAAGAUUUAUUUGAUGACUUUCAGGUUGAUAACGAAGAGUUGACGCUAAUCGAGGAUUCAUUGAUGAUUGAUGAUGCUUCUUCGGACAACAAGAAAAAACAGCUACUGUCAGUCAGCAGUGAUGAUGCUUCUUCGGACAAUAAGGAAAAACAGCUGCUGUCAGUCGGCAGUGAUUUUAUUUCUUUAGAAGAAGAAGAGAAAGAAAACAUAUCAAAUAAAUGGCGGGCAGACCCCCGAAAAAGCGUAAAUAUUGAAGCAGGUUUAGUACAGAAUAUCAGCACCCCAGGACUAACUAUUUAUAUUUAGCACUUUCAAAUAACACCAUUCAAGUAUCAGUACAUUCAGUUGGUUCUAUGAUUUAUGAAUGUGUUCAAUGUCAAGCACUUCAUUUUU